ACUGCCUUCCUGGGCCAGAGAGGCCUGAUCGAGAAUGACUUCCUGACCAAAGUUCUGGAUGGCAUGGCCUUCGCUGGCUUCGUGUCCGAGAGGGGUCCGCCUUACAGAGCCUGUGAUCUCUUUGAUGAGCUGGUGGCCUUUGACAUGGAGCGCUUUAAAGAGGGGGCGGCCAGCCCUGCCAAGCUGCAGAAGCACAUGAGGGAACUCUCUGACCAACUGUACAAAAACGAGAAUCCCAACCCCCACAUGGCGUUCCAGAAAGUGCCUCGGCCCACYGAGGGCUCCCACCUGCGGGUGCAUGUGAUGCCCUUCCCCCUGUUGGACGAUGAGAAGGUGGAGCGGCUGCUGGCGGAGGGCCUGGCCAAGCAUCCCAGCGCCACUGCCAUCACUACCACCACCCGCUCAGAGAGGAAGUGUGUGGUGCCCGCCGGCCCUCCCGUGGUGUCCAUCAUGGGGAAGAUGGGCUCAGUGUUCAACAGCGCUCGCAGGCUGGAGGUGGUGAGGAGCUGCAUCUCCUUCAUCUUCGACAACAAGACCCAGGAGACGGAGAAGACCCUGCCGGCUGCGCUGCGUGCUCUGAAAGGCAAGGCGGCUCGCCAGUGUCUGACUGAGGAGCUCAGUCUGCACGUCCAGCAGAACCGGGCCAUACUGGACCACCAACAGUUUGACUACGUCAUCCGCAUGAUGAACUGUGCCCUCCAG